GAAUCUCAAGCGGUGAAGACGGCAUGGUUGCUGCCUUACUCAUGCUGUAUCAAUAUAAUUAGCAGCUCUUUUUAAAAUGCAGGUGAACACCAGGCUCACAUAGAGCCCUGCUCAAGCAUGGAAAUAGAAGUUGGGCCAUAAUCAUAGGAGAUUCUUUGUUUGCUGUGGGCUGAGGCUCAAGUCCAGAACAAUGCUGAGCCCCAGGAGAAACCCAUAACUCCAGCAAGAAGCUCUGCACCUUUAGCAGGGCACAGGGGGCAAUCCACUGUUUAUAUCUGUGGUACAAAAACUGAGCUUGCUGACUUUGUGGCAUACUUCCCCUAUUAUUCAAUAUCCUAUUGCAGUUCGCCAAAUGAAACCCAAUGCUGGCAUGUGCCUCCAGGAGGGCUGCUGAUGUUGUUUGCUUUGGAAGGAGGGUGGAAUGGGGUCCUUACUCUAAGAACUCUGGAUACAUCUGUCCAACUCUGAUGAUGAAAUGAGCUAUUUAUGAAAAGGAAUGGGUAGGACAGUAGUGUGUCACUCAUGCCUGUAUUUCUUACACAGUAUAUUUCAUGGUGACCUUAAUAAACACUUUGACUCACACCUGUAGGUACAAAAAUGCGGUACUUUCAGGUUUGAAUCACUGGCUGUAGCAAGCCAAUUGCACACCAUUACUUUCUGUAUUAGUUAUCUCUCAAGCAUUACCACGGGCAAAUCUGAAUUAAAAAUAGCUGAUGACUGUUUGUUUCAUCUGUCUGUUACUUGACACCGCAUGGUUAUUCCAAUACGUAUGUUUGCCUCUUCCCCACCAUGAUCUCCGUUUGGCUUCCCCUUGCCUGAUAACUAUUUAAAUACAUUUUACUAACUUUGGAUUCCUUGCUCACUUCACUUCACCUGGCCUGGCAGGUCUGUGAGGACUCAAGGGUUAGCUCCUCCACUUUUCUUUUUUGAUUGUUUAUUUUUCAGUUACUGUUUCUGUUAAGAUAACCAUGUUCAGAAGAGAGUCUGAAACACAUAAAUAAUGGGAAGUGCUAAUAGUAAGCAGACUGCUGUAAAAUGUGCUGGGGCUUUGACUUAAGGGAAGAAAGCGCAGCACUGUACUGUCCCUGAUCAGGAAGCUGGAGCACUGAAGGAAAUAAAAGAACCCAUUUCACAUUGAAGAGGGAAUUGUAAAGGACUUUCAUCUUGUUCAUGAGGAGACCAUUAGAUGGCUUUUUCCCCUCAAAAGGAAGAAAAUAUUGCAGCCUCCAGAGGUACCAACUGGAAGCACAGUAGAAAAUAAAUAGAUAAUGCUAAUCGCUGUCCAGAAGAUACACCCAGAAGAUAAAAAGGAAAGGAGCAGCAGAGGCAGAAAAAAGGAUGGGCUUUCAGGUCUCAGCAUCUUUACUUCCUAGUCUAGCAGAUGGACCUCUGUCUAUCGCCAUUGGCAGCAGAUAGUCAGAUGCAUCUGGAGUGGAAAUACACAUUUUGCUCUGCAGCCCUUCUGAAAAGGUGGCACAACUGGAAGGCAGAAAGCAGCAAGGAAGAGGCCAUAUGGCACAACCCUCUGCUGAGGCUACCAGUGUUGGAGGUUGUGCCAGUUAUUUGCUAGGAACCUGAUUCCUACAAGCUACCAAACCUUCAAGUUAUCAGAAUUCACGUAAGAUCAAAAAUGCUGGAGAUUGGAAACAUCCCAAUAAACUACUUCUGCCGAAGCUACCUCAUUGGAUUAUUUUUACCUCCUCACUAAAGAUGCUCGGAGAUGAAACCAAAUACAAGCAUGAGAGGAAGUUCCAGAGAUGAGAAGCAAAAUUGGCAGAGAAGAAAGAUUCCUUCACCUGUUCCAUAAGAUGAAUCAGUAUGCUGCAGCACUGACUGGAGGAAUUGUUUUAUAUUUAUAAAUUGCAAACAACUGGAACUCCGCAACACAGUCACCUGCCCAUUUGACACCUGGUGUUAAUCCUUUGGAUAGUUCAUUCAUGACUCCCAUGAACAAUGCAGGGAAAUAAAAAACAUACAGAAGGACAGAGCGACUCCUCAAGUAUUGGGAGUCUCCUGGAUGACACAGACCGUGAGGUGAGCAGCCUCACAGAUCGGGCUUUCAAAAGUCUGUGCGUGGCAGAACUUGAAGACUCUUACAAUGAACCAGAUCUUGCCAUUUCACCUGACUUCACUCACCAGUUCUCUGCUAAAUUUCAUCCAGGGGCAUUAAACCAUGCCAUCAAAUUAACAGCAAGCUGUAACAAGCUAGCAGCAAGAAACAAUGAACAUGCAAUGUGGGCUUCAACAUUCCAGCAGUUACCAAAGUGUGCUCCAGAAGAGAAAAAGAGUGCCAAGAAUAACACCCUUGGUACAGAAAGGAAAAAGCUGAAUUUGCCAGUCCCUGGUCCAAGGAACAAUAAACAUGUUUCAAAAGUGUCUUCACUGAUUAAGACAUUUGAUAAGACUGCAAAUCAAGGGUCAGGAGAUUCUCUGAUAGCCAGCAAGCAGCCCAUUAAAAAUAGCUUUCAAAGAUGUAAAUUAAAUCAUGGAAAUGACAUGGCGUGCUGGGAUAACAAAGCCAUUUUAAACAUCCACAAGGAACUGUCUGGAUUUUCUGAGGAUAGUCAAGAUAGCCACCAUGUCAGUGGCAAACACGAGCCACAGAAAAGACCUAAUAAAAUAGAUAUGAGUUAUUGUGGUUCUGAUGGUUGUUAUCCUGUACUGAUUGAGAUGUCAAAAGUAGCCAAGUCAAAUUUUUCUCGUUCAUCUAAAAAUGCUUUCAAAAACAAAAAUUUGAAAGUUAAUGAGCCAGCAAAAAAAGGCAAUUUUCUUCACAGUGAGAAUAGUGCUUUUGAAUCAUGGAAUGUCCAUCAUAAAAAAUUGUCUGAAAAAGAGGAAUUUGUUGAUCCAAUAACAAAAAAGGAAAGUCUUACAUACCUUGAAGAAGUGACAGUUAUUGAAGGAUCUCAUGCAAGUGAACUUAAAUUGCCACCCGUCAAGGCCACUGUUACUAAGAAGGAGAAGAAAGAUUUUCAGAGGGAGCCAACUCCACCAGAAACUGCUUUUAGUAUCCCCCUCCCAGCUGUAUUUGUACCUCAUGGUCCCCUCCCUUCUGGAACUGAUUUUCCUGCUGCUCUUCCUCCUGUACCCCCACCUAGGAUCCACGUGCACCAGGAUCCUCCUCAGCCACCUUCAGUCCCUCAGCCAGUUCCACUCCCAGCUCCCCCACAUCCCCCAACACCGCCCACCCGUGAAGCUCCUCCUAUACCACCCCUGCCGCUUCCAGAUCAACUUUCCCCUCCUGACACGUCCCAGACCUCCAUCUCACCCCAGUCCAUGUCUCACAGGAUGGCUUCCCCCUCAUCUCUGUCCCAGGCACCUGUUCCACCUCCACGAGGGCUCCCAGCCACCUUAACCGAAGAGAACACCACCAGUCCACCCUGGAGGAGGCUGAGGGCUACAAAAGGGGCAUCAGAGAGAAGACGAACUUCAGAGGAGUUCUCAGCCAGCAGUGAAACAUGUUUAUUGUCUGAAAAAGCAUCUGGAGCCAAACCUGAUCAGGAUAUGACUCCUCUGAUUAAACAGGCAAACUCUCCUGGAUCAGUCAGUCCCAUUUUUAACAUCACUAAACUCUUAACACCCAUUAUACCACCAAAACAGGAGAUGGACCCCAUGGAAAGUGAGAUGAUCCCUCUCACACCUCCUCCCACUGAGAGCAUGUCAGAGAGAGACGAUGAAGGGAGUGUGUUUAGUGAUUACAGGUCUCGGGACAGUUACAAAUCAAAAGCGUCAAGUCUAUUGUUCAACUUGAAAGAUGUACGUAAACGUGUUAAGACUAUUUACACCCCUUCUCCUCUAUUAAGAGUCUUGGAAAAUAGAAAUAGGGCUAGGGAAAGUAUACAGGAGAAUUUGCAAGAAAAAAAUAGCAUGAAGAUGGCAGAGAGAGAUGAAUUGAGUGAUAUAACUUCGGUGUUGUCUGAGAGUGUUCAUGAAAAGGACAAUAAAACUGAUUUAGCUGGACACUUCACAGACAAUUACCUGACUUUGAGUUCACCCCAGACAACAGCAGACUUUUUAUUUCACCAGACUGGAGACAAUUUGCAGCAAGAUCAUUCAACACAUGAAGAUCUGAUUAAAAAUACAAGGGGUAAUGAGGACCACCCCUUGUUAGGGCAUCAGUGUGAAGAGCCCAAUUUAAGAAAAAGUUCGCCUUAUCCAGCAAUGAAACUAUACAGUAGAGACAAUACAGAUAGAACACUUGGGCAGCCCUUGCAAAAUCCCAGUUUCCAAGCUGAGGAAAAGGAAAGACAGGCUGGUAAACCAAAUGAAAAUGAUGCUUUCAAAACACUUCCAAGCCAACUCUCACCAGCAGAGGGUGUACCUUACAGUGACAUCCAAACCAACAUGGCAGUCACUGGCCAUGAAGCACAAGGCAAAAGAAGCCCUAGUUCUUCUGAACAAUCUUUCAUCUCCACAGUAGAGCAACCAUUUCAGGAGGAGCCACUUUCACCAGAACCCCUGGUGGAGAAGGAAAGUCUUCAAGAAAGCCAGAGGACUAAAGCUGAAAUGAGUGUAGAAAGUAAGAAAAGCCACGAGGAAAGAAGAAAUGCAGCUGGGGAAGACAAACUGCAGUAUUAUGCUUGUGUCAGCUCUGGCACUGGUGCAGCAGAGAGGAAGGAGGGUACUGAGAAUGAACAGAGGAGCAUGAUGAAAGAAAAGCUAAUACAAGAGAAAAAGGAAGAAGCCAAUGGCAUGGAUUCUGCUUCUGACAGCAUAAAAGACGCAUCCACUCCAAGAUCUGAGGAGCCACAAACUCAACCAUCUUCAAGUUCAGCCAAACCCUGUCUGUUUAUGAUCAAAAAUAAUACAUUCAGGUCACCUCAGGUAAUAAGAGCUGUCAAGAUGCCUCUGUUUAGAUCCUUUUCUCUAGAUGAUACAGUGAGCAGCAGUUAUAAAGAAAUGGAAGGUAGAUUUGCACUCCCAGCUGCACACAGCAAGCAAUCCCAGGAUGCGCUGCAUGCCCCGGAGCAAGGCUGGUUGGCACCGAUGCACAGAAGGCAGCAGGAUGUGAGGGAAGGAGCAACUGACAGAGGGAGAGAUGCCAGUGAGUCUGGAUCUACUUCAGCAACACUGGACCCCAAUCUUCUGCAAGAUUCAGAGAGCUUUUUGUUAGGGAAGCUGAUGGAAGAAGAUAAAGAGACCUGUGCUUUGUUAAAUGAAAUUGGGAAAAUGAAUGAGGGAAGUAUCUGCAGAGAUAAAGAGAAGCCCCAGAUUAGGAAGGCAAGACACAGCUUAACACAACCAAAUUUAGGUCCAGAAAAUGACCAAGCACAAAACAGCCCCAGCUAUCCAACAGAAAGAAAGGUAAAUUACUUUAAGAACCAUCAUUUAUUUAAUCGCAGAGGUGGCUCUUGUGCAAAAAAAAUAAUAACUACAGAGACAAUUUCCCCUGUGACAGAAUCCAUACCAGAGGACCAUACAUAUCUUUCUGUAUCCCACGAAGCUUUAGAGGACAUGCUAGACAUGGAAGAUACACAAGUUUUGUUAGACAGCAGUAAAUGCUCUGCUGUUACAAGCCCCAGAUCAGGAAGCACAAUGCACUCUCUUGUCAGUUUACCAUCAGAGAAACCAACAAUUUCUAGCCUUGGAGAGACAGAAGGUGCUAUAAACCCUGCCUUACUGAACAUGGCAUUGAAGAGUCAAGCUGAUACAUCUGCAGAAGAAAUAAUCAAUUCAACACAGAGGCAUCUUCUACUUGAUCCUGCAGGGGAAGCUGAUAGACUGGAACUAGGGGAGAGAGGAGCGGGCAAGCCUCCUGCUGUGCCACCAAAAACAGAAAAGGCUCUGCGGCGGGCCAAAAAGCUGGCAAGCAGGAGGAAGAAAAUAGAAGAGCAGCAGAAAAAGCAUCAGACAGAGCAUACAGACAUUGCAGCAAGAAAAGUUACUCGUUCUGGACACACACUAGCAUCUCCCUCACCACUGGGGUAUUCUAUCCAUCCUGCUCCUCACUCAACUUUUACUUCUCCAGAAACUAGUGUAAGAAGACUUAGUGGUGCGUCUGCAGUAAGCCCUUCUCCUUCUUUGACCCAGCGUAAACUUCUCCAAGACCCCGAUUCUGGCCAAUACUAUGUAGUUGAUUUACCAGCUGAAGUUAAUUUAAAGACUUUUUAUGACCCAGAAACUGGCAAGUAUAUUCAAGUCUCAGUCCCUUCCUCAGAAGAAAAUGUAUACCAACCCUCAUCUUCAGAAAACAGGAAUUCUCCUUAUGCCUCCUAUCCUAGAGCACUGCCUUUACCAGCUUCAUCUGUAGCAGUGCUGAGAUCACCCUCUCAGCUCUCGGAAUCUACCUGGUUAAUGUCAACCAUACAAAGAGAACCAGCAGAACUACCAAAAGAUGGUCAACAGGACUACAGAUACUCUGGAGAUGUGGAUAACCAGCCCUGUAUUGAACCAGCCUCUCACUCCUGCAGCCAAGAUACUGAAGAAACUCACAUUUGCUUAGGAAAGGACAUAAGCUCAACCCCAAAUACAGUCCCAGUGUCUCUCACUAAUUUAGAUAAUUUUUCUGCUGAAGGAGUAUCUUGAAAAAUGAAGUAACAAAACAUGCCAGCUGGUGUUAAGAUCCAUUUGGACAGUCACAUGCACACACGAGCACACACAGAUUUUAUGUUAGUACAACACUAUGUCUGAAUCUCAUUGUGGUUUGGGCGGGAAGGAAAAUGAAGGAUGAUCAUGCUGAAAGAUGAGAGGAGAUGGUCUGUCUGAAGAAGUGUAAAAUUGAGUGAGCCCCAAAUCACCAGUGAGAUAAAGGGGCAAUGUCAGCUAAACAAAUAAACACAACAGUAUGAAGCCACUGCUUGUUGCUACUGCUGCUUUGCCAUUAGGAUGACCUGGAAUUGCCAAAGCAAGUGUUCUUUUGCCCAAAUGUGUUGCAUGAUAUAUGACAGAAAGUAAAGCCUAUGAGACCAUCCUGUCCAUCCUAAGAACUAAGAGAGAUGCCCCAUCUCUUGAACUUUCCUCACUCAGUGCCUUUGAACUGUACUGGCAGGUAGAAAGCUACAAACAUGCCACAAACCUGAGAUUCAUUUUUUGCUCACAUUGAUUAACCAGAUGUUAUAAACUAGAAGAUUGUAUACUGGAUGCACAGUACAACAGCCAUACCAAAGAAAAAUUUAAACAACCAGAAUACUGUUGCAGCUGCUCUUGACUUCUUCUAUACUUUUGUAGUGUCCACUAACAUGCUGCUGUAUUCUUUAUAUUUGUUGAUAAUUUCCAAAUACGCUCCUCUAGCAUCAGGGGUUAUUUAAAAUGCAUCUUUAAACUUCUACUUCUGUCAAUAGUUGGCCCAAAAUAUAUUGGUAAGGAGCAAGGUUGAAUAAAAUCCCAUAACAGUAUUUAACUUCUUGCUAGGAUGAAAAGAUCUCUGCUUGAUGUAAUUGAAAUGCUUUUCAUUUUGGUUUGGUGUUAGGCUCCCACUGAAAUACAGUGCUAACUUUUAAAAUCUGAAAAAUGUUGUUCUUAAUUUUGUUUUCAUGCAUUCUGUGAUUUAAAAACAAAACAACAACAACAACAACAAAAACCCAACAUCCAAAGUAUUAAUUUCUGAAAAAGGAUUAUCGCUAUUCUUUGAAAGCUCUAUAUCAAACUAUGACUCAUCCUUGCUUAAGAUAUUUUUUAUCAUCACGGAUAAUAAGAGAACCUUGGUGAAAAGAUGGAAAAAAACUGAAUGUAAUGUGUCUGCUUAUAAAUAUAUAUUUGGAGUAACGGUUUCCCCUUUUUUUCCUGUCUCAUUUCAUAGCUUUCCUUUAUCAAAAUUGCAGUACAGGAGUAUUUUAAUGUCUUCAGACAUUAAAAUUUUUCAAUGAAUUUUGACUUGGAACUCAGAAAACCUAUUCUCCCCUAGAACAGAGCUCAUCUUGGAAGAAUUUAACUAUUUGGAAAUCAAGAGCGUUUCAGAAACAGGAAUCACUUAUCAAGUUGUUAAAUUAAGAUAAAUGUCUCCUAUUAUGAAUAUUUUUCCUUUAUUUUGGUCACAAAUAAGUCACCAAACUGACAUAGUGCCAUUUACACCGUACUUCUCUGGUAUCUGCUUUCAUUGUAUACAACAUAAUGCCUAUCCAGUGUAGGACAGGAUGUCAUCUACAUAUAAAAGUAUCAAUAAAUAGAUUUAUUAAAGUUUUCCAAGGAACCUGUGUGAUUGGAAAGCCCAGAAGAAUGUA